AGCUGGUAUUAGUUGCUACGAUCCUGGUCGGGAAUAUUAUUUAUCUCUGACAACCGGUCGACGAUAACAACUUUAUGAUUGUAACCAAUUUAGUUACAUUCUUCAUUCUAUCCUAAUCGACGCCUCGUAUAGCAGUUGUUUAAAUAGUCGGUUUUGAUGAGGGACGGCGAUAAUAUGUUUGAUCAAAGUUUUACAUAAUGGUCACUCUACUACUAUACAUAUCUCAUUAUUCUUUCAUGUCGUUCCGUGUUACAGUUUUGUUAACGGAGUUGUCACACAACAAGUACACCAAGUGUGCCAAUAAUCUUUAUUGAGGAAAACCGACACUCUAUAAAAUGCCAUCAACUUGUGGAGACGUUAUUGAAAUUCCUGGUAUAGUAGGGCAACACAGCAUUGUUGAUGCUAUCUUGAGCACAGACAGUGUCGGCACGCACAGUGACGUAUCUGGCCACACUACAAUACCUGGAAGACCCAGAAUGGACGUCGCAUGUGUUUUAGAUUUGCAACAACCCCAGUACCUCUCUCACCGCAAAAAAGCCCUAGAAGAAGUUAGACAAGCGUGUAGUUUGGUCAACGCCAACAUGCAUCACAUACAGUUUGAAAAGCUUGAUUUUGGCGAAGCCAAUGUUUUGGAUACCUUCUACAACGCAGAUGUGGUUGUCGUGGACUUGAGCAUUCAGCUGCAACAAUCGGCCUUAUUUUAUCACUUGGGUGUGAGAGAAAGUUUUGGUAUGAAAGAAAACAUUCUGUUGCAUAACGACAUGGAUACCGAAGCCACAAUUAGACUAAAGUUGUCCUGUGGCAGCUAUACGUUUGUAACUUAUCGGGUAGUGGAAUGUGGGUCCUGUGUGGCUACUAGCCCAGCAGCGAGCAGGGUGACCGGAGAAGAGGUGAUAGACCCAAAACAACAUUUAAUGCUUAAACUGAAGAGACUCUUUCAGGAUGUUGAAGUACAAUCAAAAGCCCAUAUGAAGGAAAAGUUUCUGGCAGACUUGCGCAAUGCGCGUGAAACGUAUUCGGGGGCUGAGCUUUCCAGGGUUUUAAAUAACAUGAGAAAACGACUGGACGAUCCGAAUGUUUUAUCGGGCGAAGUCGUGCUCAAUGUCUUAAUUUCUUACAGAGAAAUACAGGACUAUGACGCAAUGGUGCAGCUUGUUGAUGAUUUGCGGACAGUACCCACCCAUAAAAAUUCUAUAAAUACUCCAACCAUACGUUUUUUAUACGCUUUCGCUCUUAAUCGAAGGAAUAAGGAAGGGGACAGAGAAAAAGCAUUGAAAGUUAUCGAAAAAGCUUUAGAAAAAAAAGAGAAUCACGUACCAGACAUGGUGUGCCUUUGUGGACGAAUUUACAAGGACAAAUUUGUCGAAAGCAGACACAUGGAUCAAGAAAGUCUGAAAAAUGCAAUCCGCUGGUAUAGAAAAGGCUUUGAGGUACAACCAAAUGAAUACGCUGGUAUUAAUCUGGCCACUCUUCUGGUAAUAGCUGGAAAUGAAUUUUCCAAAAGUGAAGAGUUACAGCACAUUGGAAUGGUGCUGAAUAACUUGAUUGGUAAAAAGGGAAGCCUGUCCAGUCUGAAAGACUACUGGGAUGUUGCAACGUUUUUCGAAAUCAGUGUGCUUGCUGAGGAUUAUUCCAAGGCUAUACAAGCAGCUGAAUGUAUGUUCAAAUUAAAACCCCCCAAUUGGUACUUGAAGUCAACCAUAGGUAACAUAUCACUUAUAGACAGAUUUCGUAAAAAGAACUUGGAAGUUGAGGCUUCGCCUGAAGAGCAAGUUUUUGGAUUCUGGAUCGAAUACUUCGAUGAAGCGACAAAAUCUGAAGUUGGGGAUAGUAUACGUUUCCCGUUACUAGUAUUGGAACCGACAAAAAUUCUAAUGCCAAGUUACGUGAAUAUAAAUCUUGGCGCUGAAGAAAAGUCAAUACAAAUAUGGAACUUGUGCUUAGAUAAAUUAAAAGACAACUGUAAACAAGUACAUGAGUGGCUAUUCACCGCAAACAUGAUUCGCAGUGUUAGUUUGUAUAAACGAGACGAACGCUGUCUAUUCUUAUAUGUACAUCAGAAUUCUGAUGACUUUCAAAUGUAUCUACCAUCCGUCCAAUGUAGACAACGAUUUUACGACUUAAUCCUGGAAAUGACGAGAGACCAGGAAGGCAUGGUCACAGACUUAGAUGCAUACCUGACCAAUGAUCAGAUGAAGUUUGAAUACGAAUUAGAUGAUCAGAACAAACGUACGAUCCUUGGAAAAGGUACGUAUGGUGUUGUAUAUGCAGCUCGUGAUUUGAACACGCAAGUGAGAAUAGCGGUGAAAGAAAUACCAGAAAGAAACCUUGGCGACGUACAACCUUUGCACGAAGAAAUCAAAUUGCACAGUCAACUCAGACACCGAAACAUCGUUCAGUACUUGGGAUCUGUAAGUGAGGAUGGUUUCUUCAAAAUUUUCAUGGAACAAGUUCCUGGAGGUAGUUUAUCGGCGCUGCUUCGAUCGAAAUGGGGCCCUUUAAAGGAAAAUGAAUCUACCAUAUCUUUUUAUACAAAACAAAUUUUAGAAGGACUUAAAUACCUGCAUGAUCAGAAAAUUGUUCAUCGCGAUAUUAAAGGUGAUAAUGUAUUGGUUAACACGUAUAGUGGAGUGGUUAAGAUUUCUGACUUUGGUACAUCGAAGCGACUAGCUGGUCUGUGUCCAAGUACGGAAACAUUCACUGGAACAUUACAAUAUAUGGCACCAGAAGUCAUAGACAAAGGUCAACGUGGUUACGGAGCUCCUGCUGACAUUUGGUCAUUAGGUUGUACAAUUGUUGAAAUGGCUACUGGUAAACCUCCUUUUAUAGAGUUGGGUUCACCACAGGCUGCUGUUUUCAAGGUGGGAUUUUAUAAAAUACAUCCUGAAAUACCCUCGGAAUUAUCGGAAAGAGCAAAGAGCUUCAUUUUACGGUGUUUUGAGCCAAAUCCUGAUACCAGAGCGACAGCUGCUAAACUAUUAGAUGAUCCUUUUCUUACAGAAAAAAAGAAGAGUACGAGAUUACCUGCACCACCAGAUUUCAGCAGAAGUAUAUCUGUACCAGCGGAAAGACUUGAGCGACUGGGAAAAUUUGACAAGACAAACAAUAACCACAUCGUCACAACACCACCAAUCCAGUCUUCUCAUUCUGAUGAUACCGGAGGGCUGACAAAAUCAAGCCCAUUGAGGGAACGCAGUCCGGCUCAUCUUCUCUCUCCCAUCAGCAUGCCUACUGCGCUUUGUUUCAACAGCACAAUUGGAAGCACACCAUCAAUAGAGGCCAGCGAAUCGGACACUGCAGGGCCUACAAUGACUAGGAGAAGCUCCUCUGGUGGAUUAUUGUCACCCGAAGUAGAAUUGUCUGGACAGCCAGGUAAUAAAGUUGGCGAGGAACAGGAGGGCUUUUAUUUAUUGAAGAAAGAUAGUCAACGUCGAAUGACACUCACUAGAGUAUUGAGUCAGGAUGAAGCUAAAAUAUGCCAAGUAUGGCUAAGGAGUAUACAUCAAGAUGUUGGCCAAGCUGUUCUGCACAUGAAACAUUUGGAACUCCUGAUGCGUGGUUUGAGGGAUUAUAUCUCUGAACCGAACCAAGAUUUUCUCAUGUCCACAAUUCGAACACUGAAGGAAGAAUUAGACUUUGAUUCAACUGCGAUAAAUCAACUGUAUUCGGCAAUAUACCUAUUUCAAACAGCUGUAAACGAGGUUUUGAGACUGCAUAGUAUAAAACCACAUUGGAUGUUCGCUUUGGAUAAUCUAGUCAGGAAUGCUGUUCAAGCUGCUAUUACUGUAUUAUCUCCAGAGCUUGGCGCCAAUCUGCUUGGCCAUGAUCGAGGCCAAUCGGGUACUGAUGGUCCGGAAGAAGGAUCAACAUCUGGUGUGUCGACAGUCAACUCUGUGAAAUCCCACAAAUCUAGUGAUUCUGUGGACAAUAAAUAUUGGCGAGAAUAUCAGGAUCAAAUGGGAGCGUUAAAGACUGAAAACAUGAAACUUCUUCAAGAACUCUUGGAAAGUCAAAAAGUUUAUCAAGCUAUGUUGCAGCAGGUAAUAGGAGAUCAAAAAAUACAAAUGGGAGCUCUAUCACAGCUGUGCGAAUCAAUUAAUAGGAGAGCUGUAAGACAAGAGUCGGGAUACAAUUCCACGAUUUCUGGUGGGGAACCUGUGUCUCCUAUUCCAGGAUUUUUACCCCAAAUCAGUGUCACCGACCACAAUGCUACCCCGGCUGAUACCAGGCUUACGGAAUGGCUACAAGGUCUGGGAGUAGAUGCGUCUUCCAUAGAUAGGUUUCUAUAUGAAGAAUACACACUGGAAGAUAUUCUUUUCCACGUUAGUCGAGAAGAUCUUCGCAGGCUGAACUUAAGGGGAGGUAUCGAGCUGAGGAUAUGGAAGGCCGUAUUGCAACAUCGAAAGGACAACGAAAUUUGAAAUCGAACAUAUCAAAGUAUAAAGUAUAUGUUGAAAAUUCCUGUGGACGAGCUGCAAAACUGUCAAUGAUGGUUUAUUACUUUUGAACCGUACGAACGAACUUUGCAUGUAAUCAAACCAACUGUUGUUACAUAGAGAUUACUAAUUUGUAAAAUGUUGAGCUAUCUACAAUCUGACAUUGUUAAUUGAGCAGGAAUGUUACGCGCUGAUUUAUUGAUUAUUCUACGUGAUGUUAUAUCUUCAAAUAAUAUUUCAUCAAAUGAAGGCAUAUAAAGAAGUCCGUUUACCUGUUGCAAAAAGUAUCCUAACAAAACGGAACCUUUAUAUGCAUGCGAUAUAUAGAGCAGGCGCAAUAUGAUCGAGUGAAGAAUUGAAAUCAAUAAAUAUCAUAGGUUAUAUAUUAAUUAACAAAGUUUUUGUAAAUAUUAACUCAGUACCACUGACUGACUUAUCAUGCGUGAGAAGUCGUGGUUUUUACAUACGUAAAAAUACAAGCGUGCGUAUAUCUUCUGAUUGCUCGAAUCACAGUGACUAUAUGAACUGUCUACCAUCAUUGUAUUCAAGAUUAUACAACAAUAUUUAAGUUUUCGCUGUAUUCGAGGUAGCUUAUCUUUGCAUAUGUUCUUGUUUACUCUAAUUAAUUGUUGACAAGCUUCGUGCCCACCUGUGUUUGAUUUUUUAAUCCAUCUCACGUCUAACAUUAGUCAUUAUUCAUACAGUCACUGAAAUGAAACAAUUACACUUUGUAUUAUAAAUAUCAAUUUUAAAUUAAUUAUAUCUGCAUUCUUGCAUAUUUAAAAAGUUGAAGCGGAAUUGAAAUAUCCUGUCAUUUUUGUA